AUGAAGCGAGCCCUGGUGCUGGGGGCAUCGGCCCUGCUCAUCCUGGCGCUGAACCAGAACGCCAUCCGGGAGCUGGACGUUUCCCAGCUUCUUGCCAAGCCUGUGAUCGUGAUCCAGUCCUCGGACAAUGUCACCAAGCUGCUGGGAGCACUGCUGCGGGGGCUCCGGGCUACGGCAAAGAUCACAUACCAGGCGGUGCUGCUGGAGAACCUGGGAGUGACCCUCACCCUGUGGUCGACCUGCGGCCUCUCCCGCGGGGGCCUCUACGGGGAGUGGCAGGGGGUCAUCUGCACGGGGGAGAAUAGCUCGCAGGUCCAGGUAUGUGCGCCGGCGAGGGCUCCUCAUGUAGCCAGGGUUCCUGGCAUGGGGGCAGCAGCGAUGGUGGGGCCGGGAGCGGGGGUCUCCAGUUGCCCCCCGCCCCAGCUGGUCCCUGAGUGCCCACUGACACUGCUCCCUCAGAAGUACCUCCAGCAGCUGUGGAACACCAUCCUGCUGAUUGCCCUGCUCCUCUGCACCGGCGUGAUCGUGCAGGCCCAGCGGCAGUCGCGGCGGCGGUUGUCGGCACUGAAAACGCGGCGGUACCACCCCGGCAGACCGCUGCGGAGCCGGGCCUGUGAGAUCGAUAGCUGCGCUGUCUGCUUGGACCAGUUCCACAAGAGCCAGUGGCUGCGGGUGCUGCCCUGCUCCCACGAGUUUCACCGGGACUGCGUGGACCCCUGGCUCCUCCUGCAGCAGACCUGCCCUCUCUGCAAGCGCAACAUCCUGG